AUGGCGCUGACGGCCCCAUCUCCCGGGGAACCGCAUGGCGCCGCACUGGAGAGGAAAGGAGACGAACUCCGCACUAUGGCUGCGGCAAUGGCUACAAAAGCAGACCUCCUGGUCCUUACUACUACCAUCCAAGACGCACUCAGAGCUGAGAUGGCGGGAAUCCGGGCGGAGGUGACGGCGCAGACGGGCCGCAUCCAGGAAUUGGAACGCUCGCAAGAAGCCCAUACCAUGAGGCACCAGGCAACAGAUACGGCCCUUGCACACCAAGGGGAGCUGUUACUGCACAUGAGAAUGUCAGUUGAGGACUUAGAUAACAGGGGGCGCAGGUGCAAUGUCAGGGUCCGCGGGGUCCCUGCUUUACAGGAGCGGAACAUACCUUAUAGAUGGAGCUUUCCCUUCGCUUUGUUAGCUCGCAACCAGAAUGGCUGGGUAUCGGUCCGUUGGCCCGAGGAGAUCCUGAGAUUCCUGGAGGAGUUGGACUUACCUCCGAUAUCCAUUCAGGACUGGGUCCUAGGCCCAUUGAGACCCCUCCAACAACGGGCACCUCAGAGGCGCGGGGACAAUCCGCUAAGGGGUCCAGCACCCCGCAGACGCAACAACUCGGAGGCACCAGAAUAA